AUGUCCACGUUUGACCCCGCCCGUCAAGCCUUCGAGCACGCCAAGAGAUCGUUUAGGGAAAAGUUGAAGGAUAAAGACCUAUUCCGGCAAUUAUUACAAACAACCAGCAUUGAGCAAGUCUGGCAAACGACGAAUGAGAUACAGGAGAGGCAAGAAGUUGAGAAACGAAUGAGAUUUAUGGGGAAGAUCAAGACUUUCCUAGAUAAGUUGUCAGACUAUGCCUCGGUGGUGGAUACCUUUGUGCAGGUCAAACCAGACGUCAUGGCCUUAAUAUGGGGACCGAUCCGCCUACUGCUCUUAUGGACUGCCAACAUUGCCAAGCUUGCGGACGCAAUUGUAUCUGCGACAUCAAGAAUCGGCGACGUACUGCCCCCAUUUCUCGAGACCGUCAAGAUCUUCAGCGAUAGCGAAAGGCUGAAGAAUAUUCUCGCCCUGUUUUUCGAGGAUAUACUCGAUUUCUACGCCAUCUUGUUGGAGUUUUUCAAGUUGUCGCGGCGGCAAUUCUUCUUCGAAUCUGUAUGGCCGAAACAAAGAGAAAGAAUCAAGGUUGUAGUCGAAAGCAUCGAGCGGCAUGGUUCGUUACUGGGAAGUGAGGCCACAUUACAACAAAUCAAAGCCGAACACGAAGCUCGCGUGAAGGCGCUAGCUCACUUUGAUGAGACAAGCAACUUCCAAGAACUUCAAAAAUUUCAAGCUUUAAGGAAUUACAUUUCACCCGAAACACAUGACCAUCGGCUUGAUUGGUUGCUCAAUCGUUCAUGCAAGGGUUCGACCGAAUGGCUGAAGCAUAGCGAGACUUAUUUGGCGUGGCUUGAUACCUCCAAAUCGGCCGUGAAUCUGUUGUGGCUUUGGGGCAUACCCGGAGCAGGAAAAACCUUUCUUGCUGCAUCUGUCAUCGAACAAGUAAAGACACAACACCAAACUUGCUUCAUGUUUGCAACCCAUGCUAGGCAACACAACACAACUGCCAGGUCCAUUUUACAAUCUUUGAUUUUCCAGUUGGCGUCUAGUAAUAAGGAUCUACAGUCCGCAUUGAUACAUUCAGACGAACGGGAACUUGCAACCAGCACAAAGUGCGUGUUGGCGCUCUUCAAAACUUUUCUCAAAGCUAUCGGACCUACUUACAUCGUUCUCGAUGGAUUGGAUGAGAUCGAGCUUUCAGAACGCACAAUACUACUUCAACUGAUCGUUGAGCUGAAGGUGUGUCUAGAGACAAAAGUUCUCAUUACUAGCCGGCCUGAAGACGACAUCGCCAGAGUACUGGAUCUCCAAGCAUCUGGAAUUCGCGUAGACAAGUGCAAUCAUGGAAGUCUCAAGUCUUACAUCGACCAAAGAACCCAUGUCUGGAUGCAGGAUGGGGAUUUUGACCAGGAAGCCCAAUGUCAAAUACAGGGUCUUCUCAGUCCUCUGGUAACGAGGGCAAAUGGGAUGUUUUUGUUUGUUCGUAUCGUUUUGGACAACGUCGAAUCACUUACCGACUUCCGCGAAAUUCAACGAGAGUUGAGAGCACUCCCAUUGAACCUACAUGACGCCUACGGCCGCGUGUUUGCUCGAAUCAACAACUCUUCGCCACCCUUGCGUCACAAAGCGAGGACAAUCCUCGGUUGGAUUGGCUGUGCCCCAGUUCCUAUGACUCGACAAGAGAUGGAACAAGCUUUGCUGAUCGAUGUAGGCAUUGAAUCAGCACCUGCUGUUACGACAGCCGUAAACUUUGUUCGUAUCUGUGGUCCCAUUGUGGAGCUCGUGGACGACAUACCACAGUUUGUACAUUUCACAGUCAAAGAAUACAUCUUUAGCCAACAGAUCAGCAGUUUCAUAUAUCGCUUUGAGGCUGAGUGCAGUCUCACCAAAGCACUCCUGAAAUAUCUUUGUUCUGGCAUAUAUAACGAAAGCCUUUCAGAUGAUCAACUCCGGUUGAGCAUGCUUGCUGGGAGAUACCGACUUCACUGGUUUGCUGUCAAUCAGUGGAUUCACCUCCUCCAGCGGCUAUUUGGAAACCAUGAGGAAGUGCCACAGCGCUCCAGCUUGCUCUCUUUACUCGCUUCGCUUACGGCAAAGCUGAAAAAUCAUACCUUCAGAGGCGAGGCUAAUGCCGAGGAAGAUUUAUUUGCGGUCUUUGGGUCGGAAAGUCCAGAAAUUUCGCAGAUGAUCGGUUGUUUUGUGGAAUUUCGUCGGAAUGUAAUACACGCUGACUGGAACUUCAGAAAUGGUCCAGAAUGGAUCAAUUUGGAUCCCUUGGUUGUCUCGCACAUUUCUCUCCGCCUAUUUCAAUUGCUCGACAAAACGCUGUGUAACGAAGCAACAAAACCAGCGAUGACCUACGACUACACCUCGCUGCAGAGACAUUAUGGGACGAGGCUGUUCAGAUGCAUAUUUCCUCAGUGCAAUUUCAACCGGCAUGGCUUUGCCACGGGCGAAUCCCGCGACAGGCACAUCGAUCAACACACGCAACCUUGGAGUUGCCCUCGGCCGUCUUGUGAAUUUGCCCCCGGAUUUGCAACAAAGCAGGCCUUAAGCCAUCACUCAUUGAAAUGGCACGGUAACCCUGUUUCUGAUAGUUCAUCGAGUCUAUCUGCAGAUCAGCUCUCUGAGACUGAUGUCGAUGGCCUAGCCGCUGAGCUAAUCAGAGCUGGUGACGUCGAGGGAUUAAAAGCACUACUGCAACACCUAAAACAAGGCCAUCGGAUCAGCUCUGCAGUCAUAUUUGUCGCCGCGAGGAUGGGUUCUUUGCCGAUGGUCACAGUACUAACCCAGUUCUCCGACUCAUAUAGAAGAUGUCUCGAUUUCGAGAAUUAUUUAUACGAGGCUGUCCUGGGGAGUGAAAAUGUAGACCUCUUCCGAUGGCUUCUGAAUGGAGUAGGCAAGCAAACAGAUGUUCAGCACUAUUGGACUUUGGCAGCGCUUGUCACAGAAACCAAAUCACCCGAUAUUUACGCUGAGUGGGAGGACUUCAUCAUAAGUCCGAUGCGAGUUCUCGGAACCUUCACACCCGGUACUGGUGCUUUCCAAAUUUACAGCCAUAGACGGCUUCAAAGAAAGCCCUGUAAGCUGAUUCCACAGCACAACAAGCGCUCGGUAAUCUUUUCCCAGGCGGCUCUUCAAGCCGCAGGGAAGAAUGCCAUGUUUGAGGCCCGCCUCAUUCACACCUGGCAUCGCCUAAUCGACAGCCUUGGCGGCAAGCCUCUCGAUCCGCAGUUCCUGGGUUGGUCGUUGACAGACCUAGCCCGUUGUUCCAAACCAUCCAUAACCUUAGCGGCCGAGUUGUUACGGUUAGGAGCUCCUGUUAACUUUCCUCGGGAAGUUGAAAUCACUGUUCCUAACUCAGACCCCCAAUUCGACAACAAAGCUGGGCCAAGUAGAUCACAACACCAGGACGUACACAUCGGUCGGAAACAGCACAAGGGAAUAACGGCUCUCCAUUAUGCAUCACGGGGAACCUCAGAGCAGGCGGCGCAGCUUGUGCGGCUUUUGCUUCAAAAUGGAGCCAAUCCAAGCUACGGUUUCGGUGGCGUGAAGCCGGAACAAGAACCCGGGUCGAGGCUGAUCAAGAAAUGGUUGGGCGAAACGUGGGAAGAGCUCGUGAUGAGGACAUCGGAUGUAAAAGUCGGGAAUAAUGACGAGACUGGCCUGAAACAGAGAGGCCAAGAAAAUCGAGAAAGUGUGGAGGAAUCAUCCAAGGUGGAAAAUGGUAGUUGCCCAGGUAAAAGGCGGCAAGAGUAUGCGAGGGAAAGUGAAGAUGCGGAUGGUGUAGUCUUGCAGCUCAAAAGACCGAGGAAAACGCCAGUCGAAGCCGACUAA